AUGACCGGAGCGAAGGAUGAUCCUUCCCUGCUGCAAGCUGUAAGCUCGUACCCGCGGUGGAACGAUGUUGCGGAUCAGACGGAUAGCUCCGGGUCUUCCUCGCCUACCUUCUGUGCGUCGGACGCCUCUGUUGCGACAACUCCCCGUCAAUACGAGGCCACGUCGUCUAUUUCAACCUCACCCUCCUACAACGCGAGAGUUGCUUCCCCGCUUGCAGAGCGCGAGUGUGAAACUCGAACUCCUGCAGGCCAGGUCUGGCCUUCUCCAACAAAGCGGGAAGUCGCCAAGAACUCAGAGGUCCCGGUGAGAAUUGCAACGACCGUGCAAGAGAACGGCAAGCCGUUGAAGCUUGAGCUUUCUCUCACACCGGAGAUGCUCAAGAGGAUGACAGAGGGCAGUGGAAACAUCUGCUUCGUGGUGAAGGGAGUGAACGGGAAGGCUCAGCUGUCUAUCGACGAGCGAGACUCCGUGCACGAUUGCGCCGAAGAUGAGCAGGCGGACGACUGCAUGGAUGAAAUGCCCGGCAUUGACGAAGAAGACUUCACAAGCGAGAAUUCCAAAGACUUUGCGAUUGAACAGGCAGCUUCGGACGAAGAUCUCAUUGCCAUGUUGGCUGGUUGUGCCAAGGCGGGAAGUGAACAGUCAGAGAGCUUCGCUCAAGUGGUGCAGGAGCAGUCUCAUGAAGGUUCAGCUUCCGGCAGCCAUGGUGACGCCACCGAGGCAGGAGAUGCAGAACUCAUGGCUGCCUUGGCUAACUCAGCGGUCUGGUCUCUGCCGUUCGAACAAGAGGAUGCGCAAGUGACUUACAACAGCUCGCAUGUCUACAUGGAAGAUGAGAUGAUGGAACUGAACGGUUUCUGUGGCAUGCAUGGCAUCGGCAUCGAUGACUACCUGAGUGUACACGCUUAA